CGCCCAUCUCGCCGCUCUUGGCCCCACCCCUCGCCCCGCCCAGGACGACGCUCCAGCCGGCGUCUCGGUGGUAGCGGCUGGAGGCCGGAAGUGCCGGGACCGGGCCCCGGGACCGGCGCCCGCCCCCACCCAUGGGUGCCGCCGGCACGUGCGGCUGGGUGCUGUCCCACGCGCUGCUCUGCGCCGUCUGCCUGCUCUGCGCCCGCCGCGCCCGCCAGGUGACCGACGGGCCGGCGGCCGGAUUCCUGCUGCAGGCGCUGGCGGCGGCGAGCGACGCCCUGGAACCGCUCUGGAGCCCGGGACGCCCCGACCCCCACCCCGACCCCCACCCCGACCCCCACCCCGACCCCCUCCCCGGCGCCUGGGUCUCGGCGGUGCUGGGCCAACCCCUGGUGGCCUUCGGCUUCCACCGCCUCAGCGGCGACCGGGCCACCGCCAACCUCCUGCUCGGGGGGGCCGCGGCGUUGGCGCCCGCCGCCGCCCGACUCCCCGCCGACGGGCGACUCCUGGCCGCGCGCGCCGUCGCCGUCCUCGCCGCCGGCAGCGUCCUCGUCCUCUCCGUCCUCACGGCCAACGGGCACGGCGUCCUCGGCGGCCUCCUCACCGUCCUGGCGAACCUCUUGCCGGCCAGCGACGCGCGGCACGGCGGGCGCCCGUGGGUGCUGGCCGCCGGCAACUGGGCGCUGCAGCGGGCGCUGCGGGCGCAGCGGUUCGGCGCGGAGUGA